AUGUUCAUUAAGUUUGGAUUAGAGUAUAAGAAGGAUCCCACUGUUAUAUUAUUAUACCAAAUUGCAAAAGAAGCACUGGACCAUCAAAUACAGGACCACAAUUCGACGGUGGAGCGAUUAAUUGACGUUGCCACUGAAACAAAAAAUCAAUUCAAGAGGAUACUGGAGGUGUCUGAUGGAGGCGAUGUAGGCAUAAAAAAAAUGAAAAGUUUGGCAAGUGCAGGUGUACUAUAUACAGAGACGUGCUUACACAAGUACCAGUGGCCAAUUCUGGACGACUCCGACAUGAUGCCAUUACCAUUGGAUUUGCCACCCAAUGUUUAG